AUGAAUUAAUAUAAACUUAUCUCAAAAAAAGGAGAAGGCACUUUUUCAGAAGUAUUAAAAGCCUAAUCUUUAAAAACAGGCAAUUUUGUAGCAAUAAAAUGCAUGAAAAACCAUUUUAAUUCCCUCGAACAAGUUUAAAAGCUUAAAGAAAUCCAAGCAUUAAAAAAACUUUCUCCUCACCAAAAUAUAAUUAAAUUAAUCGAAGUUUUAUACGAUGAACCUACUGGUCGUCUAGCCUUAGUAUUCGAAUUAAUGGAUUAAAACUUAUAUGAGGCUAUAAGAGGUCGAAAAUAAUAUUUAAAUUACUAAAAAGCGAAAUUUUACAUGUUUUAAUUAUUAACUGCAAUCGAUCAUAUGCACAAAAAAGGAAUUUUCCAUAGAGAUAUAAAACCUGAAAAUAUCUUAUUAUUAAAUGAUCAUAUAAAAUUGGCAGAUUUCGGAUCUUGUAAAGGAAUAUAUUCAGAACAUCCAUAUACAGAAUACAUUAGUACAAGAUGGUAUAGAGCACCUGAAUGUUUACUUACAGACGGCUAUUAUUCAAGUAAAAUGGAUUUAUGGGGAGUUGGAUGUGUAAUGUUUGAAAUUAUGAGUUUAUUCCCUUUAUUUCCUGGAAAUGAUGAACUGGAUUAAGUUCAUAAAAUACAUAAUAUAUUGGGAACACCUAAUGCGGAAAUAUUGUAAGAAUUUUAAAGCAAAGCUUCUCAUAUGAAGUUUAAUUUUCCAUAUAAGAAAGGCACCGGGAUAGAAAAAUUGGCGCCAAAUAUGCCUAAAGAUUGUAUUGAUUUAAUAUAAAAAUUACUUACUUAUGAUCCUAAGGAUAGAAUUACAGCUGAGGAAGCUUUGAAACAUCUUUAUUUUAAAGAUCUAUAUUAAAUUAAUUAAGAAAAUUAAGGUCUAUUGUAAACUACUUCUUCUAAACUUAUUUAUGGAAAUACUAAUUCUAAUUCGAAGUUGGAAAGUUCUAAUUAAGAGAUUACAGGGCUAAUUAAAAAUCACAGUCUUUUGAAAAAUGUAAAUUAAAGGUGCAUAUAAUAAUUCAGGUACUGA